AGGAUAUAAAUUUUCCAUGUCGACAUAAAUAUAACCCUAAAUUUAAAAUUAUAUACUUAAUUCAACAAAAAUGAAAAUAGCAACGAUUUAGUGUUUUUUUUUUUUUUUCAUUUUGAAGUUGCAAUAGAAUCAACAUGUAUGGCGGAGGUGAGGAGAUGGAGCAGCAACGUGUGUGGGUACCAGACCCGGAGGAAGGGUUUGUCCUGGGACGUAUCGUCGACAUCGGGCUGGAUGAGGUCACUGUCCAGCCUAAUGAAGGCAGAAAGCACAAGCAGACCUGCAGCCUGGACCGGCUCUACACUGCCGAGGAACACGACAACAAGGAUGUGGAUGACAACUGUGCACUGAUGUACCUGAAUGAGGCAACACUACUAAACAAUAUAAGGAUACGGUACACAAAAGAUAAAAUAUAUACUUAUGUGGCUAACAUUUUGAUAGCUGUAAAUCCAUAUUUUGAAAUAAAAGAUCUAUACUCUUCAAGAACUAUCAAAAGCUACCAAGGAAAGUCCCUUGGCGUAAUGUCACCUCAUGUAUUUGCAAUAGCUGACAAGAGUUUCCGUGACAUGAAGGUGUUGAAGCAGUCACAAUCUAUCAUUGUGUCAGGCGAGUCCGGUGCUGGGAAGACCGAGUCCACUAAGUACCUACUGCGCUAUCUCUGCGAGCUGUGGGGACACACGGCUGGGCCCAUCGAGCAGAAGAUCCUGGAUGCCAAUCCUGUCUUGGAAGCCUUCGGAAAUGCAAAGACCACGAGGAACAACAAUUCUUCGAGGUUCGGCAAGUUUAUGGAAGUGCACUUUGACUCCAAGUGCACAGUUGUGGGUGGUUACAUCUCGCAUUAUCUGCUGGAAAAAUCCCGCAUCUGCACGCAGGGACCGGAGGAGCGUAACUAUCACGUGUUCUAUCUACUGUGUGCAGGGGCGCCUGAUGCUCUCAGGUCAAAACUGAAUCUCUCCAAGCCGGAUGACUAUCAUUAUUUGAGGAAAGGGUGCACACAGUACUUUACAAACAACAGCACUGAGAAAAGUCUAAAUAUCAACCAAAAGAGUGAAAUGCACAGGAAAAAGGGGAGCUUAAGGGAUCCCAUGCUCGAUGAUGUCACCGAUUUCAAAAAUAUGGACGAGGCUCUGAACAGGCUAGGGCUGUCAAGCGGGGAGAGAUAUGAGCUAUACUCAACAGUGGCAACAGUGUUACAUCUGGGCAACGUUCAGUUCGAGGAGAACACGGAGGGUAGCAAGGGUGGCUCAAAGGUUUGUCCAGGAUCGGAAACGACUCUCAAGAUCACAGCAGGACUCAUGGGCGUUGAUCCCGAUGAGCUGCGACAGGCCCUAGUCACCAAAGUCAUGAUGACCAACCGUGGAGGACUCAAGGGAACUGUAAUUUUGGUCCCACUCAAGGUGUAUGAAGCUAACAAUGCCCGUGAUGCUCUUGCCAAAGCCAUCUACAGCCGGCUGUUUGACCAUGUGGUACACCGCAUCAACAAAAGUAUUCCCUUCCAAGCAUCAAGCUAUUACAUUGGUGUCCUGGACAUUGCUGGUUUUGAAUACUUCCAAGUCAACAGUUUCGAGCAGUUUUGCAUCAACUAUUGCAACGAGAAACUUCAGCAGUUUUUCAAUGAGAGGAUUCUAAAAGAUGAACAAGAACUAUAUCAAAGGGAGGGACUGGCAGUGAGGAAGAUAGAGUUUGUGGACAAUCAAGACUGCAUUGAUUUGAUCGAGUCCAAGGGAAACGGCAUAUUCAGUCUGUUGGACGAGGAGUCCAAGCUACCACAGAGCAGUUCUGUUCACUUCACGACAGAGGUUCACCGCACUUGGAGUUCUCACUUCCGCCUCGCUUUACCCAGGAACUCUAGACUCAAGGCUCACCGGGAAAUCCGAGAUGAUGAAGGAUUUCUUGUCCGUCACUUUGCCGGAGCAGUGUGCUACCAAACUGACCAAUUUAUCGAAAAAAACAAUGAUGCUCUCCACGCCUCCCUGGAGGGUUUGGUGCAAGAGAGUCAGAACCCGUUCCUGCAGAGUCUGUUUGCGUCUGGCACCUCAGGCACACUGAAGGGCAAACUGACCUUCAUCAGUGUGGGCUCCAAGUUCAAGACUCAACUGGGAGAGCUUAUGGACAAACUGAAGAGUACAGGAACCAACUUUGUGAGGUGUAUAAAGCCCAACCAGAAGAUGGUGGAUCACCAGUUUGAAGGAGGCUCAAUCUUGUCGCAGCUGCAAUGCUCCGGCAUGACCAGUGUUCUGGAACUGAUGCAGCAAGGAUUCCCAUCUAGGACCGGAUUCAUUGACCUGUAUGAGAUGUACCGACGAUACCUUCCUCCAGAACUGGCUCGGCUUGACCCUCGCCUGUUCUGCAAAGCCCUGUUCAGAGCUUUAGGCAUGAAUGAAAAUGAUUACAAAUUCGGUGUCUCAAAGGUCUUCUUUCGGCCAGGAAAAUUUGCAGAGUUUGAUGCGAUUAUGAAAUCUGAUCCUGAUAACCUGGCCAAGAUGGUGGCCAAGGUGAAGAAAUGGCUUUUGCAAUCUCAUUGGAAGAAGACUCAGUGGUGUGCAUUGUCAGUGAUUAAGUUGCGCAACAAAAUUUUGUACAGAAGACAGUGCCACAUUACAAUCCAGAAAAAUAUUAGAAUGUACUUGGCUAAAAAGAAACACCGUCCACGUUACAAGGGAAUAGCAAAGAUAAACAGUCUACAGUCAAUGUUGAGCCGCAUGGAAAGCAUAACUGGACAGCUCAAGAAAGACAAGGAAGCAAGUAUCAAUGAAGUCAGGGCGUUGCAGAGUAGUAUGCAAGGUGCUGUCAGCAAGAUAAAGAAAAAUGAAUCAAUAAAAGUAGAAGAAAUCAACUCUCUGUAUACUCAACUGAUGAAUAAGGCCAACAGCCAGAUGGGAACUCUGAAGAAGAAACUGGAGGCACAGAAAAAUGCUGAGGAACAGGAGAGGCUCAGGAAAAUACAAUUAGAGAUGGAGAAGCAGAAAAAACAGAAAGAAGAAGAAGAAAGGCGAAAUAGAGAAGAAGAGGAGAAUAAAAGAAAGAAACUGGAAAUUGAGGCAAGAAGGAGACAGGAAGAAGAGAUCCGCAAGAGACAAGAAGAACAAGAUAAAAGAACUGCAAAGGCAUUACAGGAACAGAUGGAGAAAGAGACCGUGUUAAAUACACAGUUCCGGGAACAACUGGAGCAGGAGCGUCGGGACCAUGAGUUAGCACUACGGUUGGCUCAGGAGACCAACGGCCAGGUCGAGGAUCUUUCUCCUCCCACUCGCAGGUUAACUGGUGUGCAGGUGAUAAAUUCUGCCUCCAAUAGUAAACUGACCAGGUCUGGAAAGCAAGCGGUUCCUAACAACUCUAAAUAUGAUUUGUCAAAAUGGAAGUAUUCGGAACUUCGAGACACGAUCAACACGUCGUGUGAUAUAGAAUUGCUAGAGGCAUGUAGGAUUGAAUUCCACAGAAGACUGAAGGUGUACCACGCUUGGAAAGCAAAGAACCGGAGACGAACAACAAUGGAGGAAAAUGAACGUGCACCUCGUUCUGUUAUGGAUGCAGCAUCCAAGACGCCGAGAAUACCUAUGAAAGCAUCAAUCACGUCGAACUCCCAACGGUAUUUCCGGAUCCCCUUCAUCCGGCCAGCAGCCAUGAGCAACGGCAAUGCAGACGUGUUAGCAGACAACAACAACAACCGACGCGGCUGGUGGUACGCCCACUUUGACGGUCAGUACGUGGCCCGCCAGAUGGAGCUGCACCCUGACAAGCCUGCUAUACUGCUGGUGGCUGGUAUAGACGACAUGCAGAUGUGUGAGUUGAGCUUGGAGGAGACUGGACUUACCCGGAAGCGAGGAGCAGAGAUCCUGGAACACGAGUUUGCCCGGGAAUGGGAGAGGCAUGGAGGGAAGCCUUACAAACGCCCCUCAGAGCGCAUCGUGUCCAAAGUGAUAACAUAAAUAUAUCAUACAGAGCUAAUGAUUAAAAUGUUAAUGCAAUUUUGAAAUAUGCACUACUAAAGUAGAUGUUAUUUUUCAAAAAUGGUAUCAGAAAGUUGAAUACAAAGUAUUGUGACAGGGUUGGCUUUAACUAAAGAGAGAUAAUAAAUAGUAUUGUAUAUUCUUCACUUUAUUCAUAAUUCUUGCAGUAUAAUUAAACAACAUAAAUGUAGUGAUAAAUCAAUAUGAGUUAAACAAUUAAAACUGGAUUUAUGUACAUACAUUAAAGCAGAAUAUUACGUGAUAAAAUGUUAAUACAUGUUUUAAAUAUGCCUACUAAAGUAGAUGUUUAUUUUUCAAAAAUGGUAUCAGAAAGUUAAAUACAAAGUAUUGUGACAGGGUCGGCAUUAACUAAAGAGAGAUAAUAAAUAGUAUUGUAUAUUCUUCACUUUAUUCAUAAUUCUUACAGUAUAACUAAAUGUAGUGAUAAUAUGAGUUAAAAAAUUAAUACUGGAUGAUGUAGAUAUACUAAAGCAAGAUAUUAUGUGUUAAAAACGCAAAAAAACGCUUUGUUUCAGAAGGUUAAAAGAUAUUCUGAGGUUUCAUAAUACCUCAGUAGCAAAAACUGUGUAGUGAAACCAAAAACUGCAAGCUAUAGCUUAAGUAUCAUUUGCAUCAAGAUACUGCCAACAAAGUAUUGAUUCCCACCAAAAACAACAAAUCCCUUCCCAAAAAGUAACUCCCAUACAAUCAGCUUAACCUCCUCUCCAAAAAACUCUUUCCCAAGCAGCUUAACCUCUCUCAAAAAAGAAACUCCUUCCCAAUCCGUUUAACCCUUUUCCCAAAAAGUAACACCCUCCUAAAGAUUGACUCCAUAUCAAACAGUAAUUCACCCAAGAAGUCUUUGAUCAUUAAGUUUCUUACAUCAAGCAUAAGGUUAUGUCUCAUCAGUCUUUUAGGAACAAAGUGGUAACUAUUCUAUGAGAGAAAACUUCAGUCAUAUAAACCAGUGGUUAUCUAUGGUUAUGCCAAUUGAUAUAGAAAUAUUAAUUUUGAAUUUGUUGGUCUACCCCUUAUUUCUUUUUUAUUGGGGUAAUAUUUUUCUUUAACACUAUUGUUAAUGUCAGAAAAAAUAUACGGUAUAUAUAAAUAGAAUAUUUUUGUAGUUUUCAAAACUCUUAUAUUUUAAAUUUUAGUAGUAUAUUAUACAUACUGUUAAUAUUAAGGGAAAUUUUAUUCUGUCCAUUGUUAACUGAAUAGAAUAAAACGGGACCAGACAAACCAGCCAGAUAAAUUGCCCAGUGUGCGUAUUUUGUAGGAAAAACAUUCCAUUUUCAUUCUAAUAUUCCAUAAAAAGUAUUAUUUUGAUUUAAUCUUUGGUUGCAUAUACCAAAGAGCAUUCAGUGGUCUAUCUACUAAUAAUUUUAGUUGUAGCUAAAAUUAGUUGCUACUUACCCUUCUUGGUAUUGAUUUUUCCAGUACGGUCUAUACAUUGUAAUAAGGAAGUGUGUUGAAUAAGUUGCCUAUUUAUGUAAUUAAAUACAUAACUCCAUGAUAAAAUUGUCUUUUAUAAGGAGAUGUUUCAAAUUUAUUGAUUGUGAUAUGUUUAAUGCAAUUAAAUUCACAUUUCAAUCACAAAUUUUAAGUUAUCAAUUUCUGUGUUUCAUUAUUACGCAGUAAAUUAAUUUUUUCAAUUCUCACUAAUUAAAAAAAAAUUAUAUGUUUACAUUGUUUCUUCUAUUUUUAAAUUAAUUUAUUCCAAAGAUGUGUGCUUAUUCAAUGUAGAAUUAUUUGUAUAUAUUAAUUUAUCUGUUUUCGUUACAUUCUCAAUCAUAGCACCCUGAAUCUUACAUUCAAAUUUAUAGACAACAAGUAACAUAUUUUCUAUUAUAACACACAACACAAACAUAAAACUACUACAAAAAUAAGUAUACUAAGUAUUAUAUUAUACUAUAUAUUUCUGUAACUGAGGGUACAUUAAAUAAUAUUUUUUAAAUACAGGCAUAAAAUAGUAUUUUUGUAACACUCCGUAUAUUUGUAAGACCAGAUAAAGUGAGGAUGUCCUAUAUCUUAUGUUAAACUCACUGUGAUAAAUAUAAUUGUAUUUAUUUAUAUUCACUUUAUUAAGUUUUAAUUUAAAUUUUAUACUCAAAUUUGAGUAAUAUACUUUAUUUAAGUUAGCCUUAGAACAUGAAAGUUGAGAACUUAUUGAAGAUGUUUCAGUUUGUGCAAUAAAAUGUAGUGUUUUUCUUUUCGACGUUUGUUGUAAUUAGACAUUUUCCUUAUGUUUAAGCAAUGUUUUAGUUUAUAUAUUACUUUUAUUGAUCAUUUUAGUGAUGUUUUUUUCUUUAAUAUUCCUAUAUUUACACUGUAGUAGUUGUGAAAUUGUUUAAAUAUACAUUUUGGUUUGAUAA